UCAAAAUGGGUAAAGAUAAAAGAACAAAAAAGUAUGCCGUUAUGAAGAGGAUGAUCUCUUCCCGAGAUCAGAGAAUAAAAGAAAGUGAACGCAAAAAACCAAAACCAAAGAAAAAGGAAGAGGAAGGCAAGAUUGUUGAAAGAGAAGUGCCACAGUAUUCGUCAGCUUUGUUCUUCAAAUACAAUACACAGCUUGGUCCUCCUUAUCAUAUACUUGUAGAUACAAACUUUAUAAACUUUUCAAUUAAAAAUAAAAUAGACAUUAUGCAGGGUAUGAUGGACUGCCUUUAUGCAAAAUGUAUACCAUACAUAACAGACUGUGUGAUGGCUGAAAUAGAAAAACUUGGUCCCAAGUACAGAGUGGCAUUAAGAAUUGCAAAAGAUCCUCGGUUUGAGCGUAUACCAUGUAUGCAUACAGGUACAUAUGCAGAUGACUGUCUGGUCCAGCGAGUCACUCAACAUAAAUGUUACAUUGUAGCAACUUGCGAUAAAGAUCUCAGGAGAAGAAUACGUAAAAUUCCUGGAGUCCCAAUUAUGUAUCUUUCUCAGCGGCGAUUUACAAUAGAGAGAAUGCCAGAUGCUUUUGGAGCUCCAAAGGUUUAAGAUGAAAACAAUGCUAUCAUAGUGGUUAACUUAUUGCAUAAUCAAUUGCACCCUCAAUAAAAGUUAUUUAACAGAUGGAAGCCCCUAUGGUCAAGUGUGAUGGAUCAUGCGAGUAGUGCCAUGUUGCGUGGUUUCAUUAAUAAAAUACCUGGAAACGUACAUAUUUUUUCUUCUUCAAUAUUCUGAAUUUCACUUGCCUACAGAAUUGAGCCUUGCAUCAUUGCAUGGCUAUCUUUUAUUUCAACAGACGACACAUGUUGAUACGCUUUUGUUUUUUUUAUUGUAAAAUAAAAAUGCAUUUUACAGUGUAAAUAAUAAAAAGCUCAACAACUGCACAGAAAA